GAGAUGAUAAGGUGGAUGAUGACUGUGUGUUAGAACAGUGUGAGAGUGGUGGUGCAUUACUGUCCUCUCUAACCAAAGUGGAGGUCUCCAGUUAUAAAAGAGACUUGGGACAAUAGCUGAUCAGCCAUGCGAUUUGUCAGUAUACAACAUCGUGAACGGAGGGCAGCGGAGCCUGAAGCGGAGCCUAACCCCCCUCCCCCACCUCCUCCCUCUCAUCACUCCCAUAAUUUCAUAGAUAUGAAAAACAAGUUUUUCAAUGAGAUUGGCCACUUACCAAUGCCCAUGUGGGCUAUUGGAGCCAUAAUUGUGGUAAUGCUUGCCUUGGUUGGUUGCUUUGCUUUUUGCAUCUAUAAGAAGUGCUUGGGAGGGAAGAAGAAAGCAAAGAAAGUCAGAGAGAGGAAGGGUGGACGCAGAAGGUUGAAAAAGGAGGGAGCGGAAGAAGCAGGCGAUGAACAACCUAAGGAUGGAGAAACCGAGGGCGAAAAAGAGUUCUAUGGCAAGUUGGAGUACACUGUGGACUAUAACUUCACUGAAAAUCAGCUCAUUGUUGGCAUCUUGCAAGCCCAAGACCUUCCUGCCAUGGAUAUAGGUGGUACCUCUGACCCCUAUGUUAAAGUUUAUAUGCUACCAGACAAGAAGAAAAAAUUUGAGACUAAAGUCCAGCGCAAAAAUCUUUGCCCUGUUUUCAAUGAGACGUUCAUGUUUAAGAUCCCCUUUAAUGAUCUAGCUGGACAGACCUUGGUCCUGCAGGUGUUUGACUUUGACCGCUUUGGGAAACAUGAUGUAAUUGGAGAGAUCAAAAUCCCAAUGAACAGUGUAGACCUGGGCCAGCCCAUACAUGAAUGGAGAGACCUGGUUGGGGGAGAGAAAGAGGAGCAAGAAAACCUUGGUGACAUCUGUAUCUCCCUGCGCUAUGUGCCCACCUCAGGGAAGCUCACCGUCUGUAUCAUGGAAGCCAAGAACCUCAAAAAGAUGGAUGUAGGUGGUUUAUCAGAUCCAUUUGUGAAAAUAGUGUUGCAACACAAUGGGAAGCGUAUUAAGAAGAAGAAGACAACCGUUAAGCAGAACACACUAAACCCCUACUUUAAUGAGAGCUUCAGCUUUGAAAUUCCCUUCGCCCAGAUACAGAAGAUCCAGGUGCUGGUCACUGUCUAUGAUUACGACAAACUGGGGAGCAAUGAUCCGAUUGGGAAGUGCUGGAUCGGGUUUGGUGCAAGUGGGGUGGGUCUCCGCCAUUGGUCAGACAUGCUGGGCAAUCCCAGACGUCCUGUGGCACAGUGGCACACCCUUCAGCCAGAAGAGGAAGUAGAUGCUGCCCUUAAGGCACCCAUUCGCUAAAUACCUGUGCUUCUCCACCCCUCAAAUAAAAGCUUUGAAAAUACAGAUAUUUCUUAUCUGUAGCUUAUUUUAAAACAUACCUGCAAUCAGUAUUUAACUGUAUUCAUUGGAUGGUAUUUGCAUCACUCUAAUUAGACAUACACAAAUCAACAUUUGUAACUGAACAUCUACAAUAUCACUUUUGGCAACAUACCAUUUAAAUCUACCACUUACUCUAAUCUGUGUUUCACUAAGGAUUAUUUUUUUGUAGAUAUUUUUAGACAUUACAUUUCUUAAAAUUUUUGUUUCUGAGUAAUAACUUUUUUUUAUGUGUUAUGUAUAUUACGUUCAUCUGGAUUUUGUUUCUUAUUUAAAUGUCUGGAUGAUGAUUUUUUUUUUUUGUAUUGGAUGUUUGUAUUUGACUAUAAUUGCAUGACAACUGUCCUGAUUUGCCUUGUCUUUCUGUGAAUCAAGAUGACUAUAAAUGCAACCACUGGAUCAAUGUUAUAAUAGUUUAAAUUUCUAUUCGUUUUAAUUUAAAAACUAAUUUAAAUACGUUUUUGUUUCUAUUUAGUUUAAACAUUUUCACUCCAAUUUAGUUGUUUUCAUUUUGUUUGUUAGUUUUGUGUUCAUUUUAGUUUAGUGUUAGUUUUUAAAUAUUUGAUAGUUUAAUUUUAGUUUUUCAUUCCAUUUAGUUUUAAUUUAGUUUUAGUUUUUAUAUCAAGUGAUACAUUUAGAAUGGGGAAAAAAGGCAUUUGUGAGAGAGUGAGAGAGAGAGAGAGAGUGUGUGUGAGAGAGAGAGAGAGAGAGAGAGAGAAAGAAAGAAAGAAAGACAAUAAAUGACUGGAUAUUAGAUUCUUUCUGUUCUCUUUGUUUUAACAUCAUGCAUUGGCAACACAAUGAACAGUCAUUCCAAUAAAGUUUUAAAUGUAUCAUAAUUGA